AUGUCACCGAAAGAGACUAGUCCUGUAUCGACACUUCAACCAGAUCAAUGUCAAUUGAAUCUCUGUGUGAAAGUGAUUACGCAGAUAAUGCUUGGUGAAGUUAGCGAUAACGCAUCAUGGGUAAAAGUAAAAGUAGCAGAAUUCCUAGUUGGCGAUGCAAGUGGAUGCGUGAUAUUAAAAGCAAUUGAUGAACAAAUCUCACUCCUAGUCCCUCAAACAACCGUCCUUCUCCAGAAUGCACGUAUAGAGAUGUACCGCGGUUUUAUGCGAUUAAUUGUAGAUAAUAAUGCAAAUGGAGCAAUAAUACCUGUGGACGAAGGACCAGAAAGUGUAAACACGGAUAAGAACGUUAGUUUGGUUGAAUAUCAGUAUGUUCCAGGAAUAUGUGUUUGA